AUGGCCGUGACUCCGCCAUCCAAGCCCCUCGUGGCUAUUGUAGGCGCGACGGGAACAGGAAAAUCUGAUCUGGCUGUCGAACUGGCAAAACGGUUUAAUGGCGAGGUGAUUAAUGGAGAUGCCAUGCAGCUGUACAGGGGGCUACCUGUCAUCACUAAUAAGAUCACGACGGAAGAGAUGAGGGGUGUGCCGCAUCAUUUACUUGGAAAGAUUGGGCUUGAGGAAGAGACGUGGACGGUGGGAAAGUUUGUCGCGAAUGCUUUGGGGGUGAUCGACGAAAUCAGAAGCCGAGGAAAGCUGCCCAUACUAGUCGGCGGGACACACUACUACACGCAAUCACUGCUCUUCAAAGACGCCUUGGCCGAAGAGCCGAAGCUCAAAAUUGAAGAUGAUCAGUCCGAAAGAGAUCCAAUUUUGGACAAGCCCACCGAGGUUCUACUUGACAAGCUGAGAGAGGUGGACCCUGUCAUGGUGGAUAGGUUCCAUCCGAACGAACGCCGAAAAAUUCAGCGAUUGCUGGAGAUCUACCUCAAGACCGGGAAGCCUGCCUCUCAAAUAUAUGCUGAACAGCAAAGCAAGAAACAGCUUUCGAAAACCGAUGCAAGCGACGCUGCAAGCCUACGAUUUCCAACACUUCUGUUCUGGAUGCAUGCCUCCAAGGACGUCUUGACAGCCCGUCUGGACUCACGUGUAGACAAGAUGAUCGAAAAGGGUCUGCUCUCUGAAGUGGAGAUGCUCCACAACUUCCGCACCGAGUACAAAAUCCACACCGGGCAAGAGAUCGACGAAACCCGUGGAAUAUGGGUCUCGAUCGGUUGCAAGGAAUUUUCGGACUACCAGUACGCUCUCUGCGACGGGUCAUAUUCAGAUGCCGCUCUUGCAAAGCUGAAGCAAGCUGCCUACGAGAAAACGCAAGCCGCGACGAGACAGUAUGCCAAGCGACAAAUUCGGUGGAUAUCCAUCAAGCUCCUCAAUGCUCUUCUUGCAGCUGGCCAGGGAGGCAACACCUUUCUGAUCGACUUGCCAGACGUAUCGAAAUGGGACGUGGCAGCAGUGCAACCGUCCUCUGAUAUUACCGAAAAGUUCCUCCUUGGUCAGCCUCUUCCAGACCCAGCCACGCUUUCAGAAGCUGCACGCGACAUGCUGAACCCAAGACGCGACUACGACUUAUCACAGCGCCCAGACCUGUGGGGCAAGCGAGAGUGUGAGGCAUGCGGCAAAUCCUAUUUCAACAGUAACGACUGGAUUCUUCACCUCAAGAGCCGGUCGCAUAGACACGCUGUGAACGCCAAAAAGAAGAAGACCAACUCUCAGCCGAACAAGACUCGAGACUCAACAGUCGUACUAGAGGAUAUGGCUGAUGUGUUUGAGAGCUCCAUGGCGACCUUCCCAAUUGAGUCGUGA